AGAGUAGUUCUUAUGAGCCUCUCGCAUUUAGUCAUUAGGCACUGGACAACAGGAAUCCGAUUCGAUGGUUUCCGUCGGAUUACCUCUGUAACCAAAGCCACCUGUUUGAAUAGCAAAUGAUAACAGACGGCCCAGGGUCUCCGCAGAUCACGAACUUUGUGCCGUGGUUGCUAUUGUCGUCUCGUGAUUGGUGACCUAUAAAUUGGAGGGUUAAUAACGCCAGGCAAGUACGCGUGCUCGGCGGGACUGCGUUCCGUCUCCCAGGCGACCCUUGGAAAGUCUCACGUCAUUUAUUUCAUAAAGAACAGCAAGUGUGCGGAUGGUUGGGUGGUUGGGACAAACGGGCCCUUUUGCCUUGGAGUUUAAGAUGGCGGCACGGUGGUUCCUUGUUCUGCUCUACUCCGUUCCGUUAUGUCUAACCACAGGACUCGACACAGAUUAUUUGAACGAACAUUGCGACAAAACAAUCCAGAAGCAGUGUGGCGGUAGGCUGGAGCUCACACGCAGCCUGUACUACACGGAUAACCUCCACUGCACGGUCGUGUUACGGGUUAACCCUGGGCAGAAAAUCCUACUGCAGUACAAGAGGUUCGAAGUAGAGGGAACCAAUGACCGAUGUUACGACACUUUGGACAUUUACGAAGGUGACGUCGCAGGCACGAACGCCACUUCGGUAAUCUCCGGCACGCGGUGCGGAUACAAGCUUCCCGAAAACAUCGUCACAUCGGGUGACACGGUGACGCUGAAGUUUAACAGCGACAACAGUGGGUACGAGAUGGGCUUUGAGAUCAUCUACACGUCGUUUUCUGAGCCCCCCUGUACAGGAGACACACUGUCGUUCCUGUGUGAAAACGUCAGCAGAUGCGUCUGUUCGUCCGUGGUUUGUGAUGGAAUCGACCAUUGUGGUACUGGGGAGGACGAGAGCAGUGACCUGCCAGCAUGUUCAGAUGCAAAGGUAGGAGGCCUUAACGUGGAGGCGCUGAUUGGUAUCCUGAUAGGAAUCGCCGCUGCCCUGGCCCUAGCGUCCGUCGGUGGAUGGUACUGGUACAAAAGGACUACAGAGCGCGGGCUGCUCUUCAAAGGUGUCACCAUUGAAAAACUGGAGUCGUACCCGCGAACCAACAGAUACAACAAACACCGCUGGAAACACGUCCGGCGGAAGACGUCAUACGGAAACUCCCGAUGGACAACCGGGGGGACUCCGAAAAUCAGCCCGACCUCCAGUCGGAAAAUGUCGGCUAGCGACGACGGAAAGUCCGAAGAUCACGACAGACGGUCCAUGGGUUAUGAGAAUAGAGUUAUGGGAAUGAAAAAGAGACCCGUCGAGUCAAAUAUGUCAACGGUAAUAGAGAACAAAUCUCCCGAUGACACCUGAUCUUCCUACACUAUAUGUACAUUAUAACAUAUACCUUGUAUAAAUUGCAAACAAAAUGUGUAUUUUCAGAUAAUCAGAAUUCUUAUGCAAGUUUU